CGAUAUGUACAGUAUAAAAUUUGUAAGUUUUAAUAGAUUUUGAGAGAAAAGUUUCCAGAAUCGCUUUUAUUAUAAACAGAUGAUAAAUAUAAGAGCGGGGUAAUUUUGAAACGUAGACUAACAAAACAAAUGGAUCAUCUUGGAAAUGCUGUAUUCCAAGCAGCUUCAGCAGCCGCAGCGGCUGCGGCAGCUUUACAAAAUAAACCCGAUGACUUUGUAAUGCCCGAAUUAUACGAUGCCAACCAAUGGGCAAUGGAAGAAGGCGGCUUUAUAGAUAGUGACAUUCAACGCAAUGUUCGGUCCAAUGAAGACACGGGCGAAUAUCCGCGCUUCGGUUGGGUGGAUAUCACAAAAGAGUUUUUUGAUUCGUGUUCAGAGCUAAAUUUAGGAGAAUUAGCCCAAGAUAUGCUUUUUGGUUUAUUCGAAGCAAUGUCUGCUAUUGAAAUGAUGGAUCCCAAAAUGGACGUAGGAAUGGGAUACAAUAAACAUGACGCACCUCCUCAUACUUUUGAAUCGGCCGUGGAGUCGGGUGCUUUGAAACUUGACAAUUUCACCAACGAGGAACUUAUCGGCACAUUUGAUGCACUGUUUGCUUGUCUUGUAUCGUGGUUGGAAGGAAAUUCAAUGGAUCAGGUUUUGUUUACUUGCCUUUAUUUACACCAGCCAAGUGGUAUCAAGGAUAAAGCACUUCGCUAUUUUUGUCACGCUAUAAGAAUUCUUAUCGUCAUUAUAAAGAACAUAAUUAUUAUCAGCAGUGUAAAUGAAGAAGAAGACUUCCAACUCUAUGGUAAUUCGUCUUUAUUGGCUGUUGAAGAUUGCCAACCGACGGCAGUAGCAACUCAGUUGAAAGAAGCAGAAGAUGAUUUAGUGCGUCUAAGCAAAACAGAACAGCAACCGGAGUACACUAUGGCCGUUGUGCAUCGUCUGCGUUUUAUGCGUCACUUUUAUCAAUCAAUUUUCCUAUUCGAUUUUGUCAUGGGAACUGCCCCUCAAGAGUCCAAUAUGAACGAAAUUUACAAAAACCUGAACGCAUCACUCGAAUUAAUACCACAAAUUAAACGCACUAUUGAAAAGGGUAUUCAACCAAUCCCCAACUCUGAUUCUCCAAAUCCCAUUGGAUUUUCCCCUCGAAUUCAUGACCGCAGUCAACCCCCUACUUUCCCCCGGAAUGUAAAGAUCCGUGAUCGCCUCUCCAGUUUACAGUUUCUGGAAGAUUUAGUACAUCGAUUGAAGUAUGCUUGUAAAAUAAUACGAAUGCGCGAUUACUACUCAGCUUUGAAUUUCUUUAUUGAGUUUAGCAAGAAGUCCGGGCAAUGUGUGCUUUCACGUAGUGUGCUUCAGGGUUUGUUUAUAUCCAACCGUCGCCUUGUUUUUGGUACAAUUCCAAUCAAGGAUUUUCUAUGGGACUCAGUUCGUGCUUUUAAUUCUCCGCCUGUACUAAAUCCAAAGCAUCCCCUGGCAUCCGAUCAGAAGAUACAAAUGUAUUUAGAUACUUUCUUCCGGUACUGUAUUAGUCUAAAUACAUUCACACAAUUCAUUCGUAUUUGCGGCUUCAAUCGAGCUCGCCAACGUGAUAAGUUGGCUCGAUUUAUUGAUGGUUUUGAUACUAUUCAAGUCGAGGCAGCCCGCUUAGACUCUCAUUUGACAAUUUUAGCAAACGAAAAGGCGUCGGAAGGAAAUGAAGCGCACGCUACGGCUCUAAAACAUAGCUGCCAGUUUGCAACAUGGGUCUUGUACAACAGUUUUCGUGCAAUGAUGCUCUAUUUGAUGUCGGGCUUUGAAUUAGAGCUGUAUUCGGUACAUGAGUUCCUGUAUAUUUAUUGGUAUCCAUAUGAAUUGUUAAUAGGGUUCAUUGUAUCUGCUUUAACCCGCACUGAAAAUAAUCUUCUUGUACAGGAAGAAUAUGCCGAACAUCAAAGUAGACUACAUGGGAGCAGCAAUUCAAAGAAUCGUAAGCCUAAGCCCAAAAAGAACAAGAAACAGCAAAAACCCUAUAGACAAGAGAUCGUUUAUUAUCAUGCUAUGUUAAGCAUGUGUGGUGGGUAUUAUAAAGCCAUGGGAGCAUUAACAAAGGACGGUCGAAUUCGUCAACCAAUGCCAAAGUUUGAUAAUGAAGAAAUACGUUUCAACAGAAGGUUUGCACCUUUUGCUACUUUAACUAGCCCACCCCCUGUUUCUUACGCCGAAUUUAAGAGUAUAAGAGAACAUAUGAUGCGACCGCCAUCGUCGGAAAUUUAUGCGAUCGCCGCUAAACAUUUUGAUCAAACACGAAUCGUUUUGGAAUCCAUACAAAACCCAGACCAAGAGAUUUUGGAUAUGCUUCAUAUCGCCAAAGUAAAUUCUGUUGUCAUGAAUGUUUUAGCAAAAGGUCAUCAGAAAGACUCGAAAACACAACCUGAUUUUGACUUUUCAAAACACCGCCAUUUUCCCAUUAUUAAGUUAAAUUAACAAAAUCUGUAAGUUGCUAAAAACGCCUGAUGAUGAAGGGCAUAAUUUAAUAAAAAAAAACUGUAUGUCAAGAAAUAAAUUAGUUCAGAACAUUAUAA